CGCUUUUCAUAUGAAUAUUAUUGUAAUUUUUAUGCAUUUACAUACAAAAAUCAGCCGUGAUAAUAUGUGUUUGUGUGGUAUAUUUGACUAAUACACCGUUCAGGCACGACCGUGUAAAGCGCGGCUAAGUUUGAAAACAAAACAGCAGAUCAGGAAAUUGUAAUUAGACCGAAGAAGGAUGUCACAGAACGAUGCAUUGCAUUAUUCUGACCUGGAGAACACAGGGGAGGCUCUUAUCGAGCUCAUUGAGAGCAGUAAAGCUGAAGACGACCUAAGAGCAGCACGGAAGAAACAACAGGCACUUUUUGACCACCAUAUAGAGGCUAAGAAAACAGUCACUGAGCUCUUAAACAGCUUGGUUCACUCUGAAGAGGUUGUUGGACAGAAGCUUUUGGAUCUGGAGGUUCAGAAGAGCCAGAUGAUGCGGGAGCUGGAGAAAGUGGAGCAGGAGGUUCAGAAGAGCCUGGCCAAGAGCCACACUAUGGACUCCGAGAUACAAUUCCUGCAGAGAGAGCUCGAGAGACUCAAAGACAGUGAGAAGGAAAUUCAUGCUCUGCAGCAAGAAGUAGAUGAAGACACAACUGAAGUAAUUCCCUCAGCUAUAUAUUUAGCACAGCUCUACUGUAAGGUUUCCAGAAUUAAAUUGGAGCUGGGUGCAGAACCUCACAUAUUACGUGGAGUUCAUUAUGGUCAAGAUCUGGCAACUCCUAUUAACAUAGACACAUCAAGCUGCUCCCCCUGUCAGGUCACUGAUGAGCUGUGGAGCCUCAUAAGCACAGACUGGUAGAAUUCUGUUGGCGUCAUGUUGGGGUUCAUCUUAAUCUUUCCUUAUCUUUUUUUUUUGUAUCUUUUUAUGUCUGUAUAUUUUUAUUAAUAAAUAUUUCUUACAGAA